AGAACAUAGUAUUUCGAGUAAGUGGCUAAUAUAUUUUGCGUGAUCUGGAAAAACGUACGGAUCUUGACUAAGAGAGCUCUAGCUAGAUGCUCUGAUCAGGUCUAGGGGCGCGCUGCCUGUACGUCAGGGAGAACAAUAUUAGUAGGCAGUAGCUAGCUAACUGAUGAGUACUUAGCUUUCUCACUAAUUGAGGAGGCUAGUUAGCUAGUGCGUCGUCGUCGUUGUCAUCGCCGAUCAAGAGAUAUAUGAUGCCGGCGAAUAACAUGUUGUUCGAGUUCCUUCAAUCCAUCCUCGAGACGGUGCGAGAGCUGUUCCGUCAUGACCCAACGACCCGCGCCGCCAGCGUGGAGUUUUGGGUGAUGGCGUCGACGUGGCUGUUGCUGGUGAAGUUCGCCGUGGGUUCCAUGGGGCCCCGGUUCAUGGUGUCCUCCCAGUACGUGAACCCGGGCGUCCAGAUCCUGCGGAUUCUCAGCCACUACUCCGUGAGCUACAGCCUGGGGCUCAUGCAGCCGUCUACCUCCGAGCAAGGGUCUGCAACCAACGACCUGUUCCAGGUAUGGGCCGUGCUCAUCGUCACCAUGCAGGAUAGCGUCAGCAUUGGACGGCCGUACAAGCCACAGGAGAUGUCCACCGUCGACCUGCUCACCUCACUGUGGUCGGCCAACCAGCUCCGGGCCAAGACGGCCAUGUACCUCAAGGUACCCCUCUGGAUCAUCUGGUCCAUCCAUGCCUCGCGCAUCAUCUGGUACUACGUGUCAUCUGACAGCGCAGAGGGUGCCAGCACCGACAACAUGAAGCUCGUCGGCGACUACAUGGCGUCAUCAUCGUCGCAGCACGCUGACCACGACGCCUGCCCAAAGACAAUGGUCGGGUACAGGUAUUUGGUCCUCGGCGAAGAUGAGCAGGUGAAGAAGAUCGAGAGGCCUAGCUUUAGGUUCCAGCUGGACAAUACGAGGCCAGAGGAGCUCAUCACACUGGAUAAGGUGUGGAGCCACCAUGACAGCGGCGACAGGCUGCUCAGCAAGGAUGCCGACGGACGGUUCAAGGACGUGUGCCUCUCCUUCGCACUCUACAAGCUUCUCCGCCGCCGCUUCUUUGACUUCCCCAUCCCGGAGGCCGACCACCCGGCCAUGAGGCGGCUCAUAUCCCAAAUUAUCCUCGAUGACAACCACGAGAGGGUGUUCCGAGUCACGGAGGUCGAGCUUUCUUUCCUCCAGGACUUGUCCUACAGCAAACACGCCGUCGUCUUUGCCGCCGGCUUCCCCACGCAGAGGUUGAUGCUGUCGCUGCUCAUGACCUCGGCAGCCUCGUACCUGGCCUACGCUGUCCAUGACCUGCCUCGAGAAACCACCGCCGUCACUGCCGGCGGCCGCCUCGCCAAGAUCACCCAUGGUGUGUUGGUCACACGCUGGAUCAUCUUGAUCAUGGUCUGCAGGGAGAUGUGGGAGAUUGGCGUUUACGUGCUGUCACAGUGGACCAAGGUGUUGAUCGUCUGCAACUACAUCCGGCAGAAACAGCGUCCAACAGGGUGGGUGCCGAUGCUACAGCGCUGGAUGACAGAGAAGGCGGCAAGGAUCAUGUUCUGGCUUGUCUGGAGGGGACAAUGGGAUGAGAAGAUCCAACAGUACAACCUACUAAUUGGAGCUCAAGUUAAAACCACCCCAAACAGACGACUUCGCUCAAGGUCGGUCAAGCUGGGAAGCAAUAUAAAGAAGGUGAUAUUUGAGUCACUAAACCAAGCCUUGAGUGCCGCGUCUUCUUUGGCGGAAGAUGGGAAGACGAACAAUUCAUCAUCUGCAUCUCUGGCUCAGAAAAAGAGAAACAAAUUACUCAUGUCGCACCAUUGGAAGGCCUUCGCUGAAAAGAGAUCGUUGCAGUCCAAAAUCAGCACUAUCUACCACGCACUCAAGGCCGGCGACACCCACAAGGUUCUGGUCUGGCAUGUUGCCACCAGCCUCUGCCAGAUCAAGCUGCUGCUGCUGCUGCUGGGAGAGGAAGCCACCGGAUCCCCAGGCGACCUGUACAUGCUGAACCUGCCGUCCACCCUACUUCGGGGCCUCGAGGCGCAUUAUGCCACGGUGGUGAGCCUGUCCAACUACUGUGCCUACCUGGUCACGGAGGCGUUGGUGCCGGAUAACGGGCUUGUGGCCGACAAGGUGUUCGACGCUGUGCGUGAAGGGGCCAACUACGAUUUGAGGGGUUGCCGCACGCUGGGGGAGGUCCACAACACGCUCGUCGCGGCGGCGUGGGUGCCUGACGAGCAGAAUGGCCCGUCUAUCAUCAAGAUCGGCACGAAGCUGUCGAUGGAGCUCAUGUCCACAUAUGGUGCCGUCGACAAGGAGGACCUGUGGGAGAGCCUAGGUAAGUUUUGGGCAGGGUUCCUCCUGCACCUGUCGGCGUCCACAAUAGCGGCCAAGCAUCGGAUACACCUCCAAGGGCGGGGAGAGCUGACGACACACCUCUGGGCUCUGCUGUCGCACGCCGGCUUCCUCGGUGCAGACACCGACCAUGGCCAGCAGCUUCUUGACCCUGUUGACCUCAACGCUGCCUGAUCAAGUGAUCAGCACUAUUCAUGGCUGUGUGUGUGAUUCAUUCAUGGCUGUUGGUCUUGUCUGGUUUCAACUUCUUUCCGACUCCUCGGAUAUGAACAUGUCUUCAUCGAAUUGUAAGCAGCUACUAUUAUGCAUUUUAGACGACUUAUAAGAAAUAUCAAAUAAUAUGGAGGCAAAAUUUCGGCCUUUCUAACUA